AGACGCUUAGUUCGACGCCAUGGCGAAUCCAAACUCUGAUGACUACUAUGAGGUGCUUGGUGUGAACCGAAAUGCUAGUGCAGAAGAGAUCAAAAAGGCUUAUCGCAAGAUGGCCCUCAAAUUCCAUCCAGAUAAGAACCCAGACAACAGAGAUGCAGCUGAGGCCAAGUUCAAGAAGGUUUCAGAAGCCUAUGAGAUUCUCAGUGACCCCACAAAGAGACGUGAAUAUGAUACGUACGGCAAAGCUGCAUUCAACGGAGGGGGUGCCGGGCCAGAAAUGAAUGGGUUCUACACUUCAUCACGUGGAGGAAUGGGACAUGGCUUCCAGAAUUACAACUUCAGAUCCGCAAACGAUAUAUUUGCUGAGUUCUUCGGUGGCCGUGAUGUUUUCUCAGUUUUUGAUGAUGACCCCUUCUUUGACAAUCCUGGAAGCAUUCAUCGGAGGAUGCAAGAGGGGAUGGGUGGAAACGGCAUGGGUUUCAGUAUGAGUUUUGGUGGCCCAGGAGGAUUCAACAUGUCAAGCAGCUCGUUCUCUAGCAGCUCAUCAACCUCCUCCUCUCGUGGAGGGGUUUCAAAAAGUGUCAAGACGUCUACGAUCAUUCGUGAUGGCAAGAAAAUCAUCAAGACUACAACUACGACGAGAGAUGCAAAUGGCAACGUCCAAACCAGAACAGAAGAAAAAGUGGAAGAUGCAAACGCGUCUUCCGGCUUUUCUGGUUUCUCACUGGACUGGGGAUCAGGAAAUCGUGGGCAGGGAAUGUCUCUUGGAUGGGGUUGGUAACCGCGAUUGGGAGGAUGAUCAAUCCUGUGAAUACUUUCUCUUCCCUCAUGG